AUGUCCAAGAAGAUCUACUCGGAGAAUGCCUUGAGGUUGUAUGAGGUUGUGGAGCUGAGCGACUCGAACUAUUCGAUGUUCUUUCGAGGAUUGUGGUCAGAGGGGCAACUUCAUGAGAGCACGCCCCCGUGCCCUUCUUGGAUGCUCCGCGAAACGGACAGAAGUCGUUCUCCCACAGGCCCGGGAGACUUUCUGGAGCAAAUGGAGCAGUACACCCCUCCAACAAUAUAUGUGGAACGCCCAGCCCACUUGGCCCGCUCUGGUGUCAUCUGUACCAAUUACAAGUAUGGUAUCCACAUUCCCCUUUCAGCUCCAUCCUUCCAUCCGAAAGCUUCUCCUCAUACGACAAUGCCGAAGGCUCUACGUCGACAGCUGGGCGGUCUUCGCAAUAGAAAUUCGGGAAGCUGCCACUAA